CUGGUGACCGGAGGAAGUAAUACAAUUGGCAAAAUGGCUGCGCUGGCUGCUAAAUGAAGAAGAAGAAGAAUAGUCGCCUAAAGUGAUGCUUGACAAAAUAUUCUACCAUUCAUUGUUGUUGUGAUCCAUAUAGCUGUACUGAUGGCAAGCACGCUGGACUUCAGGACUCAUGCCGACCAGUCAUGCAGAUAUUCAGAAGAAUUCGUCAACAUUUAUUAUGACUGCAUGGAUAAGAAAAGGAGGAACUUGACCCGGCUCUACCUGGACAAGGCGACCUUGGUGUGGAACGGGAAUGCGGUGUCGGGACAGGAUGCUCUGGGCGAGUUUUUUGAGUCGCUGCCUUCAAGCGAGUUCCAAGUUCACACGCUGGAUUGUCAGCCAGUUCACGAACAAGCAACCCAAGGCCAGACUGCACUGCUCGUGGUGACUGGUGGGACAGUAAAGUUUGAAGGGAACAAGCAGCGUUUCUUUAACCAGAAUUUUCUUUUAACCGCUCAGGCUUCACCCAACAAUGACCAGCCUGUUUGGAAGAUUGCUAGUGACUGUUUCCGAUUCCAAGACUGGAACAGCUGAGGUUUACCUCUUCUCAGCUUUCCGCCCUGAAAUGUAUGGACACUUAUUGAUGAUCUUGAAAAUCAACCUGCCGUUUGUUAAUUUGUUUUUGUAAUAAAAUCAAAAAUGUCAUGCAACACCAAAUACAAAAAGAGGUUUAUUCUUAAACUGUUGAACAAGGCAUGUGACCACAAUGGUGGAGUAAUAAAUACAAAUAGGAUCGCCAAACCGUUAA